AUGCCCGGCGGCAGCCGGCGCGCCCUGGGGCUGGCCGCGGCUGCGGUGACCGCGGCUGCGGUCCUACGUCCGCGCGCGUGGACCUACGUCUCCGCCCUGCGCCCCGCGCGGGGGCCACAGCUGCCGGGACCCAGGGCCGCGGCUCCAAAGAGGAAAGAGCGGGCGACAGAGAAAGAGAAGGAACAAUUUAAGGGAAAAGAAGAGAAAGAUAAGGACAACAACAGCGUCUUGACGAAGCCCCCGCUGGAGCCGCCGGAGAAUAAUAAGCAGAUCCUAGUGUUGGGCCUGGAUGGAGCAGGAAAGACCAGUGUUCUCCACUCUCUAGCUUUAAACAGAGUCCAGCACAGUGUCGCACCCACCCAAGGUUUCAAUGCAGUGUGCAUCAACACUGAAGACAGCCAGAUGGAGUUCCUGGAGAUUGGCGGCAGCGAACCUUUCCGUUCCUAUUGGGAAAUGUACCUGUCCAGGGGAUUGCUGCUGAUCUUCGUGGUAGAUUCAGCAGAUCACAUCAGAUUACCUGAAGCCAAGAAACACCUUCAUCAACUAAUUGGAACAAACCCAAUCAUUCCUCUGGUUGUGUUUGCAAACAAACAGGAUCUUGAAGCAGCCUAUCACAUUACAGAUAUCCAUGAAGCUUUGGCAUUAUCUGAGGUGGGAAAUGACAGGAAGAUGUUCUUGUUUGGAACCCAAGUGACUGAGAACGGCUCAGAGAUACCCUCCAUCAUGCAAGAUGCCAAAGACUUAAUUGCACACUUGGCUGCAGAUAUGCAAUGACCACGCCCAGGCCCACUGUGCAGCUCACAAUCUAGAUGUCACCAGGGAGUGCUGAGUGGCAAGCUGCAAGCCAAAGACUUCCACUUUCAAAUAAAAAAUAAGCCAUUUCCUAUUUUCUCAAUGCACAGCAUAUAUACAAAGAUAAUGCUAAUUGAUUAAGAGCAUCUCUUUAUUUAGAUUUUGAACUUAAAAAAUAUUCGUAAAAACAGUGUAUUU